AUGAAGUGGGCCUCUGCAAUUUCAGAACAAACCGCCGUCGAGUCGGCUAUUGAGGAGUGCGCUGUCAGCCUUCGGGCGCAGCUGGGUGGUGAUUCACCUGACCUGGCUGUCGUAUUCGCCUCCUCCCACUAUCAACAGAACUUUGAAGCCAUACCGGAACUGGUUCGGCAUGAACUGGGUUCCGAGGAGGCGCCCCCAGUGGUCCUGGGCUGUUCAGGCGGGGGCAUCAUCGGGAACGGCCAGGAAGUGGAACAGAGGCCGGCCCUGUCCAUUACCGCCGCUUCCCUUCCCGGAGUGACCGUCACACCCUUCCACCUCGCCAGCGACGCUCUGCCGGACUUGGAUGCCGGUCCCACUUCCUGGGAAGAAUUGCUUAAGGUCAGUCCCGCUGACUCUCCCCAGUUUGUAUUGCUGGCAGAUCCCUUCUCCUUCCCGGUUCAGAACCUGAUAAUGGGCAUGGACUUCGCCUACACCGGCGCCGCCAAAAUCGGCGGCCUGGCCAGCGGAGGACAGCAGCAGGGCGGUAAUGCCCUGUUCCUGGGCAACCGGGUCCACCGGUCCGGGGCGAUCGGUGUGGCCCUGCACGGCAAUAUCACUGUCGAUACGGUGGUGGCCCAGGGUUGCCGUCCCAUCGGGAAAACCAUGCGCAUAACCCAGAGUCGGCAAAACAUGCUGGAAUCCCUGGACGGCGAAACGCCCUUGAACGUCCUCAGGGGCCUUUUCCCGACGUUGAAUGAACGAGACCAGGGCUUAAUGCGCAAUUCUCUUUUUCUUGGCGUGGUAAUGGACGACUUCAUCGAAGAGCCCCAGCAGGGCGAUUUCUUGAUCCGAAACGUCAUGGGCAUGGACGAUCGCAGCGGUUCCCUGGCUAUCGGCGAAAUGCUGAAAGAGGGGCAACUGGUCCAGUUCCAUCUCCGGGAUGCCGACACGUCAGCCCAGGACUUGGCGGCAGUGCUUGACCGCUACGCCGGGGACAACCGGGAAAACCAGGCCCAGGGGGCUCUGCUCUUCUCCUGCCUGGGACGAGGUCAGUACUUGUACGGUAAACCCAACCACGACACCGACCUGUUCCGGGACAAACUGGGCGCCGUUCCGCUGGGAGGCUUUUUCUGUAACGGGGAAAUCGGCCCGGUCAGCGGUACGACUUUCCUGCACGGCUACACCAGUUCCUUCGGCAUAUUCCGCCCCAAGAUGUAG